ACCGCCGAGGAGAAAGCACGCUUAGCGCUUGCCGCAGUUGGAUUUUUGGGUUUUCCAAGCCAGAGUCGCGCGUUCGUGAGUUGUGGGCCGCUUUUGUUUGUCUCUUUUUGUGGCCAGCGAUUUGGCAACCGAUGCGAAUAAGCCAAGUUAAGAGCAACGCAACAACGCAGCACAAAAACAAGACACAAGGCGCAAUUAAAUGCAAAUGUGUGAAAGUGUACCGAGUAUUUAACAGAAAAAAGUACAAAAUUCGCGGUUAAAAAGUGCGAACAAGCGCAAACAGAAAAGCUAACAGUGCCAGUGCGUGAUUGUUCGUGCCAGCUACAUAAACCGAAUUAAAAUUAAUAUUUGCUCAAGAGAUCUUGGCAGUUAACCUCACAUUUAGUAUAACUUAUUAAAACGUAAAUUACUUAAAAACACAUUAAAAAUGUUCCACGGACUGCAGCUGCAUCUGUAGUGGGAGGCAGGAUCCAACGAAAAGGAUAAGGUUUCCUCUUUCUCAACGCGGCAAGGAUAGCUCCGAGCAAGUCCAAACAAACAGUAGAGGAAACAUAAAAGGAGGCCAUCAUGGGUCAACUAAAAAUGGCUUAUGAACUGGGUGUGCUCCUGCUGAUCCUGCACCUAUUAAAUUGGCCAGGAUCUGAGGCGUCCUUCGGCCGGGAUGCGUGUAACGAAAUAAGCAUGGAAAAGAAUUGUCAUUGUAUUUUCAGUGUGAUGUCAGAAUAUGAGAUCCACUGCCCGGCGAACACGGAGUAUCCCACAUUCAGGCUAAACAUUCAGCCCAAUGAUUACGUGCAGAUUGUUUGCAAUGUGACGGACACCACGGAAUACCAGCGGUUGCCUAAGAACAUGCAGAUCGGCGAGGUAAACAGAGUCCAAAUGCGACGCUGUAUGCUGCCCGGCCACAAGCCGAUCGCCAGUAUUCUGGAUCACUUGGGCAUAGAAUCCCCCAAAACGCUGAUCUUCGAGAGCGACAACCUGGGCAUGAACAUCACCCGCCAGCACUUGGAUCGCCUGCACAACCUUCAGCGAUUCCGGUUCACGGCCCGACGACCCACGCACAUUCCCGGUAAUCUAUUGGCCGAUAUGCGUAACCUUAGCUAUCUGGAGCUGAGGGCCAAUAUCGCCGAGAUGCCAUCGCACCUGUUCGAUGACCUGGAGAGCCUCGAGUCCAUCGAAUUCGGCAGCAAUCAGCUGAGGCAGAUGCCGCGCGCAAUUUUCAGUAAGAUGCCCAAGCUGAGGCACGUCAAUUUGUGGAGCAACCAGCUGCACAACCUGACCAAACACGACUUCGAGGGCGCCUCCGCGGUGCUGGGCAUCGAUAUUCAUGACAACGGCAUCGAGCAGCUGCCACACGAUGUGUUCGCCCACCUCACAAAUCUCACUGAGAUCAAUCUGAGCGCCAAUCGCUUUCGUUCGCUGCCGGAGGGACUCUUUGAGCACAACAAACACCUGAGUGAGGUGCGUCUCAUGAACAAUCGGGUGAAGCUGGUCACACUGCCAUCGAGACUAUACGCCAAUCUGCCGGAACUGAAGAUCGUUCGGAUUAGAUGCGAAUUGGAAUCCCUGCCGGGUGAUCUCUUCGAGCAUUCCUCGGAAAUCACUAACAUCUCCCUGAGUGACAACCAUUUGAGCACACUGCCCGCCAAUCUGCUGGAGCACCAGGUGAACCUCCUGUCCUUGGACUUGAGCAACAAUAGGCUGACCCACCUGCCGGAUUCUAUUUUUGAGCACACCAACAAGCUGGUGGAGCUACGUUUGGAGGGCAAUCUCCUCACCAACAUCAGCAGUGAAUUAUUCAGUCGUCUGAGCAACCUGGACACUCUCUAUAUGAGCAGAAAUCUCUUACGCACCAUUGAAACCCGAGCUUUUGCUGGAACCCGUCGACUUCACCACCUCCACUUGGAUCACAACAAAAUUGACCUGCUACAAUCUUUGCUGGGCAGUUCGAGUUUGGGCGAGAACAACUCCCCGUUUGGCUACAUGACCGAACUGGUGACCCUCAAUUUGCGCAACAACUCGAUCAUUGUUAUUUACUACGACUGGAAUGUCGUGCUGACAAGGUUGAGGGAACUGGACCUGAGCUACAACAAAAUUAGUUCCCUGAAAUACGAGGAUCUGCAAUUCUUGUCACAGAACGAUUUGAACGUCAACUUAACGCACAACAACAUUCGAUCGAUCUCGUUGCCCAAAGACGUGGAUGUUGGAGAGGAAUUCAAUCCGGUGCCGGUCAAUCUUGAUCUCAAUGACAACCCCUUGGACUGCAGUUGCACGCUCCUACGGUUCGUCCAGUUGGUGAGGGCUGAACAUAAGCCGAACUACGCCAAGCAGUUCAGGUUCCGCACGGAUCGACUUAACUGCAGUCAGCCGAAGUCCCUGGAGAAUACCCUUGUCCGCCAGGUGCACCCAAAGUUGCUCACCUGCCCGCUGGAUGUAUCCAAUGAUCCACGAGAUCGCAAGUGCCCGCUCGGCUGCGAAUGCUUGGUGCGCACAUUCGACAAGGCUUUAGUGGUGAAGUGUAACAACGGCAACUUGACCCAUGUUCCUAGAUUACCAGAACUGCACCAGAACUUGGAUUUGAUGGAGCUCUAUCUAGAGAACAACACAUUGCUUAGCCUGCCCUCUGGCGACACUCCCGGCUACAUGAAGGUAACUAGUCUGCAUUUGUCCGGCAACAAUCUCACCCACAUCGAUGUGGGGCAAUUGCCUCCAAAUCUGACGCACCUGGAUGUGAGUUGGAAUCAUCUGGAAACGCUGAACGCCACCGUCUUGGGUUAUCUCAACCGCACCAUGCCAUGGAACUCGAUGAAGCUGUCUGGAAAUCCGUGGAUGUGCGAUUGUACUGCCAAAUCACUGCUGCUUUUCACCCAGAAUAACUUCAAGCGGAUCCCGGAUCGCUAUGAAAUGAUGUGCGUGAACGCCGAGGUGCCCACUCGAAUGGUGGAGCUAUCCACAAAUGACAUCUGUCCGGAGGAAAGGGGUGUCUUUAUAGCCCUGGCCGUGACGAUCGCCUUAGCCGGGCUUUUAGUCGGAUUUACUGCAGCUCUGUACUACAAAUACCAGAUAGAGAUCAAGAUCUAUUUGUAUAACCGUGGACUUUUCUUGUGGUUUGUCACGGAGGAGGAACUGGACAAGGAUAAGUUAUUUGACGCUUUCAUUUCCUAUUCCAACAACGAUCGGAUGUUCAUUGAGGACUACCUGGCGCCCAUGUUGGAACAUGGUCCUCAGAAAUACAAACUGUGUCUGCAUGAGCGCGACUGGCUGGUCGGUUCCCCUAUUCCGGAUAAUAUAGUGCGCUCGGUGGCGGGUUCUCGGCGUACCGUUAUUGUGCUCAGCCAGAACUUCAUCAAAUCGGAGUGGUCCAAAAUGGAAUUCCGAGCUGCCCACAGAUCAGCCCUGGACGAAGGACGCGCCCGCGUCAUUGUGAUCAUCUACUCGGACAUCGGAGAUGUGGAGAAGCUGGACGAGGACCUGAAGGCCUACCUGAAGAUGAACACCUACCUGAAGUGGGGCGAUCCGUGGUUCUGGGACAGGCUGCGUUACGCCCUGCCUCAUCGCAAGCGUGGCAGUAAUAUGGGCAACGGAACGCUGGUCAAGUCGGCGCUGAAAGGUUCCACAGACGACAAGCUGGAGCUGAUCAAGCCGUCGCCGGUGACGCCGCCCCUGACCACGCCGCCGGCGGAGGCCACCAAGAAUCCGCUGGUGGCCCAGCUGAACGGAGUCACCCCGCAUCCGGCCAUCAUGAUUGCCAACGGCAAGAACGGACUGACGAACCUCUACACACCCAAUGGCAAGUCGCACGGCAAUGGGCACAUAAACGGCGCCUUCAUCAUCAACACGAACGCCAAGCAGAGCGACGUAUAGGACUGGGAGAAGGCGGAGCUAUUCCAGUUCGAUCCCGACGAUGAACUACUGUUCCGUUAGAGCGAAGCCCCGUUCAAAAGAAAAAAACCACUGCCACUGACGAGGCGGAGGAAAAACACCCAGCUGAAUGUAAAAAGUCUAGAGAAUAUCGAUUUCCCCGUGUUUUUCGGUCAAGUUAGAGUCGCCCCUUCUAGGUUUAGUUAUCUUGCGCUUGUAGGAGCUCCAGGAGAAGUUAAUGAAAAUUUCAAAUUUCAAUAUUUCAUGUGGCCUUUGUUAAAGAAAAAUGAAAAGAAAAUAUUAGUUUGAGUGUGGAAGGAAAAGCACAAGCUAGUUUUACCACAUCACUCUGUUUUAAGUGUUAUUUGUAAGCUUAGCCUAGAUCCUGUGCAGACUCUUGUAGACAUAUAAAUCUCAUUUAUUUAGCAAUUAUUUUUACAUUAGGACUACUGUAAGCUGACGCAAACAAAACUGAGAAUAGCUCAAUGCUGAAUUACCUAUUGAAAUGACCUGUUUUAUUUGAAUAUUUUACUUUUGAACAGAAUCUCAAGCGAAUGGGAAUCUGAGUUUUGAACAAAUCGAGCUUUAUUUCGAACUACCUUCUCUUUAUUUGCUAGAACGCCACCUACUAUUAAGUAGACCCAUGCAAUACACAUAUGACGUAUCCAAAUAGUAGUAUAGACUCUGUAAUUGUGAACAAAGAAAACAAAAGCAGCCGAAUGAUAUACAAAUUGCCUUCUUUGUAUGUAUGUAUGUAUGCUAGACAUGUAGAGCCUAAGGAUUCACCUUCAAUUGCAUACGACUCCCUCUCUCUCUCUGUACAUAAGCUGGACGAAAAUUCUUGUACUUUUCCUUAUCGUAUCGCACCAAAUUUCCUACUCACAACUAUCACGAAUAUCAAUUGUAAUCUCACGCCCAUUUAAAUGACGCUAUAUAAAUAAGUACAUACCGAGGGAGGACAUUACUGAACGGAAUACCAUUAUCACAUCUACCAAACAAUUAGGCUAGCCCCCCAUUCAAAUGAAAAAUGAAUAUCGUCUAUGAUACGUAAAUGUAAUUAAGCUAAAGUAUGUGUAUAUCGUCUAAGCUAUAGAUUGUCUCUGAUAUGUAAUACCUAAGGUACCUACAAAUUUAUGCAGACACACUCAUCUACUCGGAAUGCAUAGAGUAAAUUAAAUCUACUUGUAUAUUAAAAACACAUACAACGCAAAUAAAAUAUAUUUUAAAAAUUUA